UGGGAACCUCACGGCCGUGCAAAUCGAUGGAGAGGAUUAUGUGCAUCCCGCUGCUGCUGCUGGCGCUUGGACUGCAGUCCAUUGUAUCCAUCUCAGCCCAACCGGAGCCCAGGAUAAUCAAUGGCACCACGGUGGACAUCGCCCGGCAUCCGUACCUCGUAUCCAUUCGCUAUCGAAGGGACAAUGAGUCCAGUUACAAGCACGAGUGUGCCGGAGUGAUCUUCUCGGAGCAGGCGCUGCUCACCAGUGCCCAGUGCCUCCAUGGUUUGCCGGAGGACAGCAAGCUCCUGGUUGUAGCCGGAGCAAAUACCCGCAAUGGAACCGACGGGUUUGUCUACCCCGUAUCCAACUGGACCCACCACCCGGACUACGAUCCCCUCACAGUCGACAAUGACAUCGGAGUUCUGCUGCUGGAUGAGCCCCUGAACCUCACUCACUUCGCCAUCCGCUCCAUUGCCAUCCGUCCGGAGCGUCCGGCAGUGGGUCGCUUGGCCACAGUGGCGGGUUGGGGCUACCGGGAGGAGUGGGGACCUUCCAGCUACCAUCUGGAGCAGACCCAGGUGCCAUUCGUCAGCUUGGAGCAGUGCACGGAGAUCUACGGCGCGGGUGAGGUCACCGAACGGAUGAUUUGCGCUGGCUUUGUAUCCCAAGGAGGAAGUGACGCCUGCCAAGGAGACACCGGCGGUCCCCUGGUCAUCGACGGCCAGCUGGUGGGUCUGGUCUCCUGGGGACGCGGCUGUGCCCGGCCCAACUACCCCACCGUCUACUGCUACGUGGCCAGCUUUGUGGAUUGGAUCGAGGAAACAAUAGCCGCUGCUCGAGCGCAAUAAACAGAGGCAUUGCCAAAGCAACCGACACGCUAUCUUCAAGUGGCUGCCGCCCCGGAUAGAGCUACCUAAUUCAAUAAUAAAACCGUAAUCAAACAAACAA